GAUGAGUAGGAACAACGCAUGGGCUUUGUACUCACGCAAGGCAUUGGAGGAGAACUUUGAUAUGGCGGUGUACGUAAACAUAGUGUCACGACUGGUGCAAGGUGAUGCAGUGACCACUGUGGAAGGCUCAAGCCAGGAGGUGAUGCAUGAAGAGGAUGGAGGGCAUGUCGGGGAGGGCAGUUCCAGUAGAGAGGGAGGUAGAGUGGACCCUGGUGAGGUCGAUGCAGGAUGCAUGGAUAAUGAAGACGGUGGUAGCGGGGAUGAAGAAGCUGCUGACAAUGAUGACCCGGUCCCGGCGAUCCAGUACUUUCGUGGUACUGGGCUCCUGGAGUGUGUCGUCGUUGAGUAUAACACCUUAUCUAACUGGGGAUACCAGAAUAGCGACAUUCAGGUCGGGCAACAGUUUCGUAACAGAGGGGAGGUCAUCCACUUUAUUAGCAACUAUGCUGUAAUAACAAGAAGGGACCACAAGUGCGCCCGGUCUAACCCUACGGAGUAUGAGGUCAGGUGUACGAAGCACCCGAAUUGCCCUUACUUCGUACGAGCACAUCAGCCGAAAUAUGAGAACUAUUUUGUGAUUAGUAGACACACCCCACAUACAUGCAGCGAAGAGGCUAUUAGGAAUGUGAGCCACGCCGUUGAUGCGAGGUUCGUAGCCCAACUCCUCAUCACGCUUAUUGGCACAGAAAUUUGUUUGUCGCCAAAAUCGAUUAUGGGGGAGGUGCACACUAAGACUGGCAUGCUUAUCAAUUACCACACCGCGUGGCGAGCGAAGCAGAAGGCGUUGAAGAUGCUGUUUGGAAGCUUCGAAGAGUCAUACAACAAUGCUCCGAGACUGCUGCAGAAGAUUGCCAUGACGAAUCCAGGGACUCAAUGGGCCAUAGCGGAUGAGCCGAUCAGGCUAGAUGAUGGGUCAUAUAGCACCACUGACCGAUACCUCAUUAGGUUAUUCUGGUCCUUUGGACAAUGCAUCGAAGCAUUCAGGCAUUGUAGGCCGGUUGUAUGCGUGGAUGCCACAUUUCUAAGCGGCAAGUUCCAUGGUACCCUUAUGACAGCAAUGGCGGCGGAUGCAAAUAAUCAGAUCAUUCCUCUCGCCUUUGCAAUGGUUGAGAGUGAAAACAAUGAUAGUUGGCUGUGGUUCCUCACCUUGGUAAGGACACGUGUCGUGGGAAAUAGGGAACGAGUUUGCGUCAUCUCAGACCGUAACAAGGGUCUUUUGCAUGCGUUGGACGUGCUGCAUGAUAGCACAAACUGCUCCAUUGCAUGGCCUGAUGUGGAGAGAAGAUGGUGCAUGCGACACUUGGGCGCGAACCUGUACACAAGGUACCGCAGCAAGUCGCUUGUAAAGAGAUUCAAAGGGCUAUGUCUUCAGAACCAGCAGGCGAAGUUCAACGAGAUAUGGAGAGAGUUAAAUGAGACCACUCGCAAGAUGAUGGCAGACCAGCAAGCAGGGGAGGAUCAACUGCGGGCGCAAAUGGUUGGGGGCCAAACUAUCGUUAGUCGUUCACGUGGUACAUUUAGCCAGUGGAUAGCGGGGAAGCCGGCGGAGCGUUGGGCCCUUAUCCAUGACACUCAUGGUGCCAGGUACUCCAUCAUGACAACGAACAUAGCGGAGGCGUUCAACAAUGUCCUGAAGGGAAGACUGAGCGUAGGUAGUCAGUGA